AUGGGCCUAAUCCCGACUCUAGUAAAGAGCCCACCGAAGUACCUGCUGGGGUGCAUUUUAUGCUCUGCAAAUGGCCUCCUCUUCGGAAUGGACACCGGUAUUAUCGGUCCUGUUACCGAUAUGACAGACUUCAAAGCGCAAUUCGGAGGUAGUCAAAAUUCUACGAUCCACGGUCUCAUUGUCUCGUGUAUCUUGAUCCCCGCGGCGAUCUCUUCCUUCUUUGCUGGCUAUCUUGCCGAUCGUGUCGGUCGGCCGAAGGGUAUCUGUAUCGGCACCUUUAUUUUCGGGGUCGGAGCCGCUAUCGAAGCCGGCGCCGUACACUUGGCUAUGUUCAUCGUGGGCCGCAUUGUUGAAGGUGUCGGUGAAGGUCUAUUUCUUGGCAAUCUGGUCGUGCUGAUCUGCGAAAUUUCACCUAUCAAGACGAGAGGUGCUCUCACAACUGGCCCUCAGCUGGCAUGUACCCUUGGCUUGGUUGUGGGGUAUUUCGUCUGCUAUGGGUCAUCGGAUAUUCAGUCCUCACUCUCCUGGCGUGUGCCCUGGAUAAUUCUUUCGGCCUUAGCCAUGAUAACGAGUGGCGUCUCUCUGCUGCUUUUGCCGGAGUCACCUCAAUGGCUUGGCCUUCAGGGUCGUUAUGAAGAGGCUGAAGAGGCGUGGGAGAAGUUAGGUGUGGAUCUUGCGGAUCGUGAAAAGAUCGAGGUUAAAGUGCAGGUGCAGGUGCAGGAGAUUGAUCUUGACACUGAGAAGGAGACAGUCGGAACGACUAGCAAACUUCUGGAGGUCUUUUGCAAGGAAGUUCGGGGCCGGACUGCACUUGGUGUCUUCUUGAUGGGCAUGCAACAGCUGAGUGGUAUCGAUGGAGUCCUUUACUACGCCCCAGAACUCUUCCAAAAAGCCGGUCUCGCCUCCUCAGAAGCAAGUUUUCUAGCUUCCGGUAUAUCGGCAAUUGUGAUAUUUGCCUCGACAAUUCCUGGUUUGCUUUAUGCCGACGCGUGGGGUCGCAGAACCAGCAUUCUUAUCGGAGGUGUUGGAAUGGCGAUUUUGAUGUUUUUGAUGGGCGGCUUGUACGCCGGAGAUGCCGUUCAUAAGGACGGUGGCGCUGGUCGCUGGGUCGUCAUUGUAUCCAUUUAUCUGUUCGCGGCGUUGUACUCUGCCACUUGGGGUGUCACUGUCAAAGUCUACAGUGCUGAGAUCCAGCCUCAGCGUACACGAGCAUCAGCCACCACAUUGUCUCAUUCGAGUAACUGGGUUUGCAACUUUACAGUCGCUUUGAUCACACCAAUUGUGCUCUCGAAAAGCAGCUGGGGAAUAUACAUCUUGUUUGGUGGAUGCUGCGUUAUCACCGUUAUUGUCAGCAUUUUCUUCAUGCACGAAACGCAAGGAAGAACCUUUCUGCAAAUUGAGGAGGCUUUCAAGGGGAGAUCGGCCGAAAAGAAUAGCUCAUGUGAACGCGAGGUCAGCCAAGCAUAA